AUGCUCAAUGACCGUUGGAGUGUAGAACUGAGGAAGAGCCCCACACGCCGUGCAAAAGUCAACUUAGAUUUACCUUUAAUCUCAAUGUAGACUAGGAAAACUAGAUAUUUACGACUAUUCUCCUCAAUGAUCUGCAAGAGGUGACCACUAGUCGUCAACUUCAUUGAUCAAAAUAGUUAUUAGUACCUUUCAAAAUUAUAUCUUAUAAAAGUAAAGUUAAUCAGUAAGUACUUUGAUACCAUUAACUUAUUGAAAAACAAACAAUUUAUGAUAUUGAUUUUGAGGGGUAAAAGGUUCCCAUGUCAUAUCAAAAUAUGUAUAUCAGGGUUUAGAAAAAAUAUUAGGGUUAGAAAAAACACAUAAAAGUUUAACGAAAGCUCAAAGAUUUACAGCAUAUCAUUCACAAGUUUUGCACAAUCGUUCAAGAAGAGAAUAAAUAACGAAAGUUAUAAGCUUUAAAAAAAAAUUGCUUCAAAUACAAGAGGAUUUUUAUUAUUUUUUACUAGAAUCUUUUUGUUAUCUAUGACCUAGUUAGAAAAAGAUAGUUCAUGUAGAUUUUACAUGAUGCUCAUUGGGUAAUAGAAUAGAACUAGUUCAUGUAGAUAUUCAAUUGGCUAAUGUAAGAUAUUAGAAUUGAUUAACAUCAUUGAUCAAAAAUAAACAAUCUUGCACAUCAGGUCAAUGAAGAUGAUCAAUUGAAUGGCACUUCCUAACUGGUGCAGACAUAACUUCGUUGGGUAUAAUUAGAGUUGAUUUUGAUAAAUACUAAAAACAUUCAUCAUAUCUCAUAAUAUAAUUGUCAUAGUGUGCAUUCUGGGGAUUUCAUGGCAGAAAAAUAGAUAAUCUUCUAAACUUCGUUGAGACUCGUGUAAGUCUAGAGUUGACCCAUUUUGACUCCUUGGACCUUGAAGCCUCCUCCCAUACUAUCUAAUUUCAUAUCUUCAUUAAGCCACCUUUCCCCUUUCCUCUUGUGUCAAGCUGGUGGGCAGCAGACGUAUCUCUUCUACUCCACUUCAUCUGGCCUUGGCCGUCCUAGUGACAUCAAGCAGUCUUCUUUCUCCAAAGAGAAAUCUCUCCUACUCACUUCAGAGUUUGAAUUGGUAGAGGAGGGAACAGUCUCUUUCCUGCUAUCAUAUGAUUGCUGGGCCUUCUUAUAGAGAAGAGCCACUACUGAUUUUUUUCAAUUUUACCCCUCAUUAAGGCCCCACACUAUUGUUGGGACAUUUAUACAAUACGCAUCCCUUACUCAAGAAGGCUGAUUGAAGUGUUACUGUGGGUAUGACACCUCAUCAAUGAGCUCCAAGAACUAUUUUUUUUAAGAAAUUGUUUCAUCUCUGGGCUCGACUGGGUAAAACAUAAAAUAAGUGAUUUCAAGAGCCCUGUUUCGAUUGAAACCAGUAAGUUAAUAUUGAUUAUUACGACAACAACAACAACAACAGACUGUAUUAAACGAGAGAGACAGAGAGAGAAGACUAGGCUGGUCGGCAAGAGAACAAAGGGUGUCGCGGAUUGAGGGGGGGAGAAGGGUAGAAUUACUUGAAUCAUAUAAGAAAAAGAGGAAGAUCGGGGCACUCAGAAUGAAAAGGACUCGUUCAAUCUCUCAUAGGUCCAAGAACCUCGAUGAAACGAUGUAGAAGUUUACUCCUCGUCGUGCCCCAAGAGUACAAAGGAACGGAUCGGAAUCCCUAGAGGAGUGGUAGAAUGUUUAGGGUUGAACAUAAACGUAAAAAUGGGAGUUUUAGAAGAAAGGGGGCGGAGGGGAGAUGAGCGCGGGCCAUCAGAAAAUAAGAGGAUAUCAGCAUUACUCCACAUCUACGCGAGAGGGUGUCUUAGACGACCGUCGUGAGAGUAUAGAAUGUUCUCAUCAGCUGGCCCGAACCAGAUUCGUAGACCGACCUUAGAAGCCAUCGACGGAGAAAACGGAGUGGCAGGAAGAUGCUUUUGGACGUAGGAACACCGAAGCAGAUUCCUAGAUCGAUCUGAGAAGCCGUUCACAGGAGAAAACCGUACGACAGGGAGAGAAUGUUGGGCUGGGGAAACCCUCAGAUAAUUUUCGCAAGUAGCGGGGGACGAGGAGGUUUCUUUAUGUUCUAAUCAUGGAAAUAAAUCCGUCGAAAAAAAUGAUCAUCCCCUCGAUGUCGGAUCUCCACGAGAUGAUCAGAAAGAAAACAGCGAACGGGAAGAAAUUUCCAACCAUCAGAACAUGAAAAUCCUUGCAUCGACAUAGACACCAGCACAAGCGGGUGUCUCCGAUGACCGUCGUGAGAUAUGCAGGAAUUCAUUCUCAUCACCUGGCAUCAUUCGACAUUCACAAAUCAAUGCUGCCGCCUCACUAGCCUACUUUCAGGAAGAUUGCACCUAAAUUUGGAGCAAAGAAGAACAAAGUUGCAGAAAACAAUGGAGAAAAACGGGGGCUGGAAUGGCAACUAUGGGGAACAAAGAAGGGCAGCUGGCCGCGAUUCUGCUGCCGGAGGCGACCAAGCAGCUCUGCUCAUGCAUCUUUCUGAGGAUCAAGAAGAUGGGCUGUUGCUUAAGUGGUGACGAGUGGAAAGGCCACACCCAUCGGAGCACAGCGCCGCCUGCUGGGGAGGAGAAGGAAAGAAGGGCACCAUCACUUGUAUUUAUAGCUAAGAUCGACAAACCGAUAAUUGCAUCAAUGCCACCACACCCCACAUUCAGACCACACAUGAUAGAUGCUUAUUUAAACGUUGAACAUUGUUGCAGUGUGACAAACAAAUAUCGUGGCCAUCGUUAUUUUGCACAAUCAAGGUGAAAUAUUGAUAAAAUAAUCGAUAUAUUAUGUGUACUACUUAUCAUGGUUAUCGACGUUAUGUUGCAUAUAGUAAAAGGUGAAAUAAGACAAAGGGUAUGUCAAAAAUAGUAAGAAUAUGCUAAGACUUUUGUUGAACUCACAUAUCAACUUCAACUAAUCACAAGCACAAAAUAAUGAAGAAAUCUUACAAGAAAGGCCUGGAUCAUGUGACCGAUCUUGCCUUUAAGAGUCAAAAGUUUUGAUCAUGAAAAAUAUGUAGAAGGAUAAUAAAGUAAUUCAAAAUGUUACCCAUUAAGUCUAAAUCACAACAUAUGAAAAUAGACGUAGAGAAAAUAUGCACAGCAGUAAAUUGGUCAUUAGACAUUUCAAAAAAGUGAAACAUUUUUUAGAUACAAACCUCUAUCCUUUGGAAAGAUAUUUAAAAGUUAAACACCACAAAACAUAACGAAAUUAAAUUUUUUUUAUUAAAGCUUGAAACCAAGUGUCGAUAGCCAAAAUAUGGCUCAAUUUACAGCUGUUGUAUAGGAGACAAAGAGAGAGAGAGAGAGAGAGAGAGAGGGGUGAGAGAACAAGAAGAAAAUAUGCUAUUGGUUGUGUUGAAAGCCUAAAGAGUUUACACUAAUGAAGCUAUAUGCUAAAUAUAGAAGAAUGAUAAUAUGUUCUUAACUUGAAAUUGAGUGUUUCAUUCCUUAGAUCUAAUAAAUUCAAUCUAUUCUAGCUCAACAUUGAUGUUUACUGUAGGUCAACUAAGGUUAUAAUAUUUAAAGAAGGCUAGUUGAAGCCACUACUUUUGUGGCUUCUGAUAUUUUAAAAUCAUUUUUUUUAAAACAUAUUCCUUCAUAUUUAGAAAAUCUAAAGUGGCUUUUUAAAUAGUUUCUAUUCAAUCAAUUUAUUCACCAUCAAGAAUAAUUGGAAGUAAAUAAAAAUUUAUAUAUUGAACAAGUUUUCAUACCCAUCAUUUAUUUCAACAACUCAAACUAAAUCUAAUGUACUAAUCUUUACUUUCGGUCUGUGGUGAUUUUAUAAAUAUUAAUAUUUCCAAUUUUAAAAAAAUUGAAUGAUAAUUUUGAGUAGCAAAUUGAACAAAUUUUUAGGAUUGAAAACACAACACAAAUAAUUUCUUAUAAUAUUUUUUUGACAUUUAGCAUCAUUACUAUGUAUUAUCCGUGAAUUUAUUCUUAAUUAAUUUUAUGCAUAUAUUUGAGAAGUUAUCUAUGUGUAUUACACAAAUAAUAAGUAAUCAUCAUAAUUCUAUCCAUUUAUUUAUCAUAUUUUUUUGUCAUCAUCAAAACUCCAUAUGUUAAUUAAUGUUCCAACAAGUUUUUUUUUGGGCAAUUGUUUUGAAUUCGUUUUCUUUUGUUUCUAAUUCUAUUUUCUUCAUUUAAACUUCUAUUUGGAUGCUUUUUUAAUGGAUUUAUACAUAAAACCCACAACUGAACAAAAAUAGAUUAAAACUAAAGGCUAGAUCUUCAUUCAAUCAUUAGUGUGGCAAUUAAAUAUUUAUAAUACAUUUUAAUUUUUAUUUCUAGUUGUCUACAUCAAAAUACUUGAAGCAACAAAAGUUGCAUCAUACGUACAAAUAUUUUCCUUUUAUUGUCAUUUUCAUGGCAAGGGAGCCUAUUGAUAGAUACUUUGCAAAUACUCUUGGAUGAGAUAACAGCCACUUUGUAAUAUGUUCUAACUACUAUUAAAUUUUGAACCAAUAGCCCACUCGAGUGAUCGUUCCCAGCUCGAGGGUAAAGUUUCAAGCCGCCCAUCAGGGCUGGGGGAGCCUUCCUUAGUUUGUGAUUACACUGUUGGAUUUGUUUCUGUUUAGACCCAACGGAGAUUGCUCUCAUGGGGAGCCAGCACGGUAACCAGACGAGAAAAGAAGGAAGAUUAUGGUCAAAACCCGGAUCUAAAGAUCAUCUUCAUACGAGUAGUUUACAACGAGGGACGACCUCAGCAGGCAAAUACAGAUGUGAUCAUUUCAGAGGAACGUCCGGAACCAAGGCGGCUGAGAUCUAAUGACCUCACUUGCCCGGGGCAAAGUUGGUGGCGAAGGCCCAGGCGUUGUUGUUGACGGGGUCGGCGAGGUGGUCGGCGAGGUUCUCCAGAGGGCCCUUCCCCGUGACGAUGGCCUGCACGAAGAAGCCGAACAUGGAGAACAUGGCGAGCCUCCCGUUCUUGAUCUCCUUCACCUUCAGCUCUGCGAAAGCUUCCGGGUCGUCGGCCAGGCCCAGCGGGUCGAAGCUCCCGCCGGGGUAGAGCGGGUCGGUGACCUCCCCCAGCGGCCCGCCGGCAAUGCGGUAGCCCUCGACGGCGCCCAUGAGGAUAACCUGCGUGGCCCAGAUGGCGAGGAUGCUCUGAGCAUGCACCAGGCUAGGGUUUCCCAGGUAGUCGAGCCCGCCCUCGCUGAAGAUCUGAGAGCCGGCCUUGAACCAGACGGCCUCUCCGAACUUGACGCCGUUGCGAGCGAGCAGCUCAGGGAAGACGCAGCCGAGGGCGCCGAGCAUGGCCCAGCGGGAGUGGAUGACCUCCAGCUCCCGGUUCUUGGCGAAGGUCUCGGGGGCGGCGGAGAGGCCGGCUGUGUCCCAGCCGUAGUCGCCUGGGAACUCGCCGGUCAGGUAGGAGGGAGCCUCGCCGGAGAAGGGGCCGAGGUACUUGACGCGGUCGGGCCCGUACCAGGGGCUGCCGGAGGAGAUGGGCUUCGGCUUGGCGGCCGUCUUCCUCAUGGUGAUUUUGCCCUCGCCGAGGACCUCGGAGGUGGCGGGGGCGAGCUUCACCGCCUGCCCGGCGAAGGAAGGGGAAGAGAGGGCCAUGGUGGCUGCCAUUUGCACCGGAGAAGGAGGCUGA